AAAUAUUCAUAAUUUCUUUUCAAAAACGGACGGGUAUAAGCAUUAUAGUAUAAAUAUCCCGGUUCGCCACGGAGGCUUCCGGGCUACCGGAACUUCGGGACUUCCCCGGUGGUUUCCGUUUCCCCUUAUGGUCUCUUAUUGAACAAAUUAAUAGACUUCUUCCCUUGCACCCUUUCUUAACCUAAGAAAGCCAUGUAUGCGCGCAUUAUACCCACGCUAUAAGAAAUUAAAUAUGUAUUUAUGAUGCUAAAAAGUUUUUUAUUUUAAGAGCAGCAUCGCAAACAUUUCAUGGAAAUUCGCCAAUUUCUAUAUAAGUACGACAUCUUACCACAGAACUUAGAAGCAGAAAAUAUGGCGAAUCUAAAAGUUGUUAAAUUGCUCGAAGCUUGCAACAAACAAAAUAAAGUUAAUUUCAUAAAUAUAAUAACAAGAAAUGUACAAAGUAAAGCUCCGGCUACUGCUAAGCAAGUAACUCAUACUGGUCAGGUGUUUGAUGACGAUGAUUAUCGCAAUGUAAGAUUCAUAAAUAGACAAAAGGAAGUUAAUGAGAACUGGGCUAUUAAAUUAAUAGACGAAGUUCCUCCUGAACCUGCAAAGGACAGAAUUGUAUCUUGUAAUGGUGGUGGUGGACCUUUGGGACAUCCAAAAGUUUAUAUUAACUUGGAUAAACCUGGUAACCAUACUUGUGGAUAUUGUGGCUUAAGAUUUUACAAAGAAGAUCAUCAUUAGUGAAUAAUAUGGUACAUACAGGUUGUUAAGUAGUAAAUUAUAAAAAUAUUUUUAAAAAUAUUAUAAUAUAUAAUGGAAAUAUAAAAAGAU